ACAAUGCAUCUCGCAUUUGAAUAUACUUUCGUAAAAUUCUACUUUAAUACGCAUAUUCUUGCUUUGUGAAUGCGUAACUGUUGAACUUUAACACAAUGUGCAUAAAAUGCAUUUUAAUUGAAUACAUAAUUAAAUUGACUAUGACUAUCUAUUUUUACCGGAAGUGAAACUGCUAUAUAUUGAGUAGUUAUUGCAGAGUUUACCUGAUUUAACAGAUAGUACGUUUCGCUCUACGAUAUAGAUUGUCAUCGAAUUAAGCAGUUUUUUAAAGUUUUGUUCUUAAUAACAUUGUCGCAGAUAUUGAUUUCAUAAAAAAAUUAAUUAAAAAUUGAACGUGAAUUAUUUGAAUUUGUAAAAGAUGGAAAAUAACAAGCGGUUCAAUCCAUAUGUCAGUGUUGAUGCUAAAGAAGAAAUAGUUAUCUCUGGUAUUGCCGGAAGAUUUCCUAAUUCUGACAAUAUAAAAGAAUUUCAGGAUAAUAUUUUCAAUAAAAUGGAUCUUGGUUCGAGCGAUCAUCAACGCUGGACUAACUAUAUCUAUGAAAUGCCUGCUCGAAUAGGAAAAAUUAACAAUAUAGAAAAAUUUGACUCUGAAUUCUUUAACAUAUCGACCGAAGAAGCUCAUGUACUUGAUCCUGGAUGCAGAAUGUUACUUGAGCAUACCUAUGAAGCAAUUAUUGAUGCGGGUGUAAAUCCCGCAGAACUGCAAGGAACAAAUACGAGUGUUAUCACAGCAAUAAAUGCUUCUGAAUCAGCCUUAGAUUUGAUAUACGAAAAACCUCAAAUUGCUGGAUUACCCAUUCUUGGAUGCUCUAAGAAUAUGAUAGCAAGCAGAAUUUCUUAUUGGCUCGGCGUUACUGGACCAAUAUAUAACAUCGAUUCUGCAUGCAGCUCGAGUCAUUUCGCAAUGGAAGCUUACAGGAUGAUUCGAUCUGGCAUUUGCGAAGCGGCUAUUGUCGCUAGCAUAAAUUUGUGUAUUAUUCCUUCUGUCACUCAUCAGUUUUUUUGCCUGGGAGUUCUAUCUACUGAUGGUUAUUGUAAACCUUACGAUGAAGAAGGUAGUGGUUACAUGCGUAGUGAUUCAGCUGCAGUAAUGUACCUACAAAAAGCAAAAAAUGCAAGAAGAAUUUAUGCGACUUUUGUCUAUGGAAAAACCAACUGCGAUGGUUUUAAAGAAGAAGGAAUUACCUUUCCAUCAUUUGACAAACAAAAAAUGUUAUUGGAAGAAUUUUACGAAGAUUGCGAUAUUUCGCCUCUUGAGUUAUUUUACAUAGAGGCUCAUGCAACUGGUACUCUAGCGGGCGAUCCUGUGGAACUUCGAGCCAUAGAUGAAGCUUUAUGCGCUAAAAGACAGCUACCUUUGUUAUUGGGUUCAGUAAAGUCGAAUAUUGGACAUGCAGAAGCUACUAGCGGUCAUUGUCAAAUUGCAAAGAUUUUAAUAGCGAUGGAAACUGGUAUACUAGCACCUACUAUACAUUUUAAACGUCCACGAAAGAAUAUGCCUGCUAUCAUUGAAGGAAGAGUAAAAAUAAUCACUGAACCGACAGAAUAUAAGGAUGGUUUUAUCGGUAUUAAUUCUUUCGGAUUUGGCGGUGCUAAUUGCCAUAUAUUACUGAAACCAAAUCCAAAAAUUAAAAUCAACAAUGAAGCAGACAAUAAUUUACCUAGACUUGUAGCUAUUUCUGGAUGUACGGAGGAAGCGGUUAAAAUUAUAUUAGAUGACGUACAAAGUCGGUCGAUAGAUGUAGAAUAUAUCUCUCUGCUACAUCGUAUUCAUAAUGACAAUAUAAAAGGACAUUCCUACAGAGGAUACAUUAUUGCUGGAUCUAACAUAUCCGAUAAUGCAAUAAUUAAAAUAGAACGCAAUGUACGUACGAAAAGACCGAUUUGUUUCAUAUUUUCGGGACUUGGAUCUCAGUGUUUUAACAUGGGUCGAGCUUUAAUGAAAUUUCCAGCAUUUACUAACGCGAUCCAGAAAUGCGACACAAUUUUAAGACCUUACAAUAUAUCGGUGACAGAUAUAAUAAUAAAUAAAAACAAAGAUAUUGUCGACAAUGUAGUCCAUUUAUUCGUAGGCCUUAUUGGGUUACAGAUCGGAAUAAUUGAUCUUUUAACAAGCAUUGGUAUCACUCCUGAUAUUAUAAUGGGUCAUUCCAUUGGCGAAUUAAUCUGUGGAUAUGUCGAUGGAUGCUUGACGGCUGAUGAAACAAUCAUGUUGGCAUAUUAUGUCGGCUUAGCAUUUAAGUCAAAAAUAAUAGAUGGCUUAAUGGCUGAAAUUAAUCUCAAUUUCGAAAUUAUGAAAAAUAUCUGUCCAUCGGAUAUUGAUGUAGCUUGUUACAAUAAUUUACAUAAUUCUAUUGUAAGUGGACCAAAGAACUCUGUAAGAACAUUUCUCGCCAAGUUACAGAAUGAAAAUAUUUCUGUAAAAGAAAUUUCAUUCGGAAGUAUACCUUUUCAUAGUCGUUACGUCGAGCCGGCAAGAGUUAAACUUUUGGAAUACUUGAAUCAAAUAUUGCCGCAACAGGUGUCUCCAAGUUCAAAAUGGUUGAGUGUGAAUAAAUCUUAUGAAUGGUUCAAUACAUCUCCAAAAUUAAGUCUAGCAAAAUAUUAUGCACACCAUCUGCUAGCUCCAGUAUUAUUCUCAAAAAGUCUGCGCUUUAUUCCAAACAAUGCAGUGACAAUUGAGAUAGCAUCGCACAACAUUCUACAAUAUAUUCUUAAUGAUUCCUUAGAAACAACAGUGACAAAUGUCGCGUUAGAACAAUUUUCUCACAAACCAAAUGUUGAAACAUUUUUGCAUGGAAUUGGAAAACUUUAUAAUGCAGGAUUACAGCCAAAAAUCGCAAAUUUAUAUCCGGAAGUUAAAUUUCCUGUAAGUCGUGGUACACCAAUGAUUUCUCAUCUUAUAAGAUGGGAUCAUUCCAAAGAUUGGUAUAUAUUUCGUUAUACUGGGAAAAAAACAAUUGACAAAGGGGAAGUAAUUGUUACUAUUGAUGUUUUCGACGAAGAAUUUACAUAUAUGACUGGACAUGUCAUUAGGAAAAAAUUAUUACCUGCGACGGGUUAUCUUUUACUUAUAUGGCAAAUGGUUGGCUGGUUAAAAAACAGUUAUAUCGAUAUACCAAUUGUAUUUGAAGAUGUCAAUUUUCUACGUUCUACAAUAUUACCAAAACAAAGUUCGAUCGAUUUAACUCUUAUGAUGCAAAAGGGUAGUAACAAAUUCGAAAUAAUUGAAGGAAACAAUACUGUCGUUACUGGAACAGUACGAAUUCCAAUUAAUAUUGAAGACGAGAAAAUAUGUACUACAUUUAUUGAUCGAAAUGACAAUGAUGAAGAGGUGAUGAGUACGAAAGAUAUCUAUAAAGAAUUGAAGCUUCGUGGUUAUCAAUAUACCGGCGAAUUUCGUGGACUAAAAAGCGCGUCAAUUAGGGGAAAGAAUGGUCACAUUGUCUGGACUGACAACUGGGUAACAUUUAUGGAUAACAUGUUACAGAUGAUGAUUUUAGGACUGAAUUCGAGAAGUCUUUUUGUACCAACAAGAAUUCGUAAAGUAGUAAUCGAUCCAGAAUCUCAUAUAAAACAAAUCGAAAAGCUUCCAAAUGAAGAGAAACAAGUUCUUGUACAAAAUUAUAAGCAUUUAAAUGCUUUAAUAUCCGGAGGAAUUGAAAUAAGCGGCAUUUUGGCUACAGUUAUAUCUCGCCAACAAAGAGCAAUUGAUCCCGUUCUUGAAGAAUACAAGUUUGUUGCUCAUCGAGAUUUAGAUGUAAUGUCCUUAGAGGAUACAACAAGAAUGUCCGUGCACAUUGCGCUCGAGUGUUGCAAUAUGAUAAACGUAAAAAUCAUGGAAUUUGUAGAGGAUAGCGAUCAAGUGAUGCCGGAGAAUUUGAAUUGUUUAUUUGUGAAUAAAGUUCUGGAAGAUUUACCGCAAAUUCAACCCGAUAUCAAACUGGUAGCAACACACGAGCGAUUCAAAGAUAUCACUUUGUCUGACAAUAUUUCUACAAUAGAAUUUGAUAAACUGACAAAAAGUGAAAAUUGUUUGAUGAUUAUAGGUUACGAAAUUUUAACAAAAAAUAAACACGAAUUAUAUGAACGAUUAUUAUCUGUCAUAAUGCCAAAAGGAUUUCUUCUAACAUUCGAAGAGUUGGAUGCUAUCUACGACUACUCAUGUCUGGAUAAGUAUGGAUUAAAAGUAAUUUUGGAGAAACGCACCAACGACAAGACAAUUAUAUUAUUAAGAAAAAUACAUGAUAUUGAAAGGAGUCAACAGAUUGUGCAUAUAAAUAAUUAUGAAUUUUCAUGGAUAGACAGGCUUAAAUCAUUCAUGAACAUUGAAAAUGAAACUACGAAAAUUAUAGUCGUCGCAGAAGGGGACUUUGAAUGCGGACUAAUCGGCCUUGUAAAUUGUUUGCGAAAAGAACCGGGCGGUAAAAUGAUUAGAGGUGUAUUUAUUCAAGAUAAAGAUGCACCUACUUUUUCAUUGCAAGAACCGUUGUAUAGAAGCCAGCUACAACUGGAUUUACCCAUCAAUGUUAUACGUUCCAGAAGCAUUUGGGGUUCUUACAGACAUUUUCCAUUACCAUUACCCCAACCAAAACUCGUAAAGAGUGCUUAUGUUUCUCAAAUGGUGCGAGGUGAUCUCAGCACUUUUUGUUGGAUGCAAAGCAUGAUAUCUUUGGUCAACAAUGAUGAAGAAAAUCUGGUAAGAAUAGUCUAUGCGUCUAUUAAUUUUAGAGAUGUCAUGAUAGCUAGCGGUAGACUCAUUUCGACUUCCGUCGCACCUUUUGAACAAAAUAAUAGUUCCUUAAUCGGAAUGGAAUUUGUUGGUUUUAAUAAAAAUGGACAAAGAGUAAUGGGAAUGUGUCCAAAUAGCGGAUUUACAAAUGUUUACAUAGCUGAUAAAUAUCUCAGUUGGGUCAUACCUGACCAGUGGACGAUGGAAGACGCCGCGACAGUCCCUUGCGUAUAUAGCACAUGCUAUUACGCUUUAUAUUUGAGAGGUAAAAUGAAGAAAGGCGACAAAGUAUUAAUUCAUUCUGGUACAAGAGGCGUUGGGCAAGCAGCAAUUCACCUUGCGCUUUACGAAGGUUGCGAAAUAUUUACAACGGUUGGAAGUAGCGAGAAACGAAAUUUUAUAAGAGAAACAUUUCCCUCUAUUCCCGAGGAUCAUAUUGGAAAUUCUCGAGACACGAGUUUUGAACAAAUGAUUAUCCAGAAGACAAAAGGUCGCGGAGUGGAUAUCGUAUUGAAUUCUUUAGCUGAAGAAAAAUUGCAAACAUCCAUCCGUUGUUUAGCGAAAGGUGGUCGUUUCCUCGAAAUUGGAAAGUUUGAUAUGAUUUCUAAUAAUUCUUUAGAAAUAUUUGCAUUCUCAAAAGGCAUUAGUUUCCAUGGUAUAACAUUGGAUAAUUGGAUAUUUUGUGCAAAAAAAGAGGAUAAAAUCUUAUUGUAUAAUAUAAUAAUAGAAGGGAUAAAGAAAGGGGCUAUCAAACCGUUAUGCAGAAAAGUCUUUGAAAGGGAUGAAAUAGAAACUGCGUUUAGAUAUAUGGCUGCUGGAAAACAUAUUGGCAAGAUAAUAAUAAAAAUUCGAAAGGAAAAUGAACCCUUGGAUGCGCCUAUACUUGCACAUCCCCGGUACUACUGCCUGGAACGCAAAUGCUAUAUCGUUUUAGGUGGUCUAGGUGGUUUUGGUUUAGAAUUAAUUGAUUGGUUGAUUCUACGUGGUGCAAAAAAUCUAGUAGUAACCUCGCGAACUGGAAUAAAAAACGGAUAUCAGCGAUCAAGAGUAACGUUAUGGCAAUCUUACGGUGUAAAUAUACAAAUCGUUACAGCUGUUGAUACUUCGAGAUAUAGAGACUGUGAAUAUAUAUUAAAAUUUGCCGAAGAACAAGGUCCUGUAGAUGCUAUAUUCAAUCUCGCAGUUGUUUUGAAAGAUGAUAUGUUUAAGAAUCAAUCCUCACAAACAUUCGAAGAAACCUUCGUGUCAAAGGCAUGGACAACGAAGAAGAUGGACGAAUUAUCGAGAACUAUUUGCACUCAACUUCGACAUUUUGUCGUUUUCUCUUCCGUUUCAUGCGGAAGAGGUAACGCAGGCCAAACAAAUUACGGAAUGGCAAAUUCCGUAAUGGAAAGAAUUUGUGAAAGAAGAAAAAAAGAAGGUUUACAUGGUUUGGCUAUACAGUGGGGCGCAAUUGGUGAAGUUGGGCUUGUCGCAGAAAUGCGAGAAGAUGACAAAGAACUUGUUAUUGGAGGUACAUUGCAACAAAAAAUAUCUUCUUGUUUGGACACAUUAGAAAUAUUUCUGCUACAAGAUCGGUCAAUUGUAAGCAGUAUGGUUGUUGCUGAGAAAAAAAUAUCUAGUCAAGCAAUGAAUCCACUUGAAGCAAUUGCAAAUAUUAUGGGAUUUAAAAAUUUAAACAUAGUGGCGCCAAAUGUACCACUGGCUGAACUAGGCGUGGAUUCAAUGAUGGCAGUAGAAAUUAAACAAACCUUAGAGAGAGAAUUUGAUAUUUUAUUGACAGAAAGAGAUAUUCGAAACCUCAAUUUUGCUGCGCUUAGAAAAAUGAUAAAUGCAACCGAGCAAGGAAAGACGUAUGAUGUUAUUGAAGCUGCUACAAAUAUUUUAGACAGUUUUGAAAUGUUUACACAAAAACUUAAGGAUUCUGACUUAAGUCCAAAUAUUUAUGUAGAACUUGAUACAAAAACGGAAGUUACUGGAAACAUAAUAUUUCUUAUACCAGGAAUCGACGGAUCUGCAAGCAUAUAUAAACUGAUGGAAUCGAAAAUUAAAUCUAUGGCAAUGUGUUUGCAACACGGUGCAAUUAAUAUGCCGGAUGUUACUCGUUCAGUAAUGAAAUCAGCUGCGUAUCUUCUGCCUUAUGUAAUGGAGAAAAUGAAAGAUCAAAAAGAAUUUUUAAUAGUGGGUUAUUCAUUUGGAUCCUUAAUUGCUAUCGAAUUAGCAAGAUUAUUAGAAGCUAAGAAUUUCAUUGGUCGGUUAAUACUUAUAGAUGGAGCACCUGAUUGGACAAAAUUUUUGAAUAAAAAAUAUUUUAAUCAUACUUCGCAACAAGAAUUGGAAAAUGAUAUUUUACUUUAUCUUCUAAAACUAUAUCUCGAAUCUGACAAUGAAAUGAUUGCGUUAGACCUGAAAGAGUGCAGUACAUGGGAGAAAAAAUUAGAACUAAUUACUGCUCGCUUUUCGGAGAAGAUUAAUACGUUAAGUGUUGAAAAUCAAAAACUCUUAUAUACAACGGUUUACGAUCAUAUAAUUGCUUCACAAGAUUAUGAUAUAUCUUCAUUGUCACGCAUAAAAUCAUCUGUAAUAUUAUUAAAACCUACACUUACACCUUUCACUUUUCCUGAAGAGGAUUAUGGUCUACAUAAGAUUACUGAAAGUGCAGUGCAAAUUCAUUACAUAGAAGGUUCUCAUAUCACAAUGAUGGACAAAAUAGCAUCAUUUAUUAACGAAGCAUUCUAAAAUAAAUAGCUCUGUGGAUGCUUCGUCGAACAAAUAUCGAUUAGUUGGAGGAGGUGCAGGGAAAGUGGUACAUGGGUAAAAUGCGGUAUUUUCAUAUAACGAUUUAUUAUAACUAAAUAAUGGAAUAAAAUAUAAAGAAAAAAAUGUGCGUCUUUUUAUUGCGAUGUUAGAUCUGGGACUGACUUUGUAGUCUCGCGGAAGAAUGUCAAAUGCUCCCUCGCCCGAUCCACUUGAAAGCGUCAGAGCACGACUCGAUAUCACCGAAACAUUGCUCAAAGAUCGAAUUUUUUAGAAAUUUCGAUUGCUUGGGUUAGAAACGUCGAUGAACAACGAAAGAACU